AUGUCGCCCGUCAUGUUGCAUUUACCACAUGAGAUUGAAAGAGCAAUAUUUCAACUUGCCGCAGGCGUUCACUCUACCAGUCAUUUACUCUCAUAUCUAUUGGUCGCUGAAAGAGUUCGACAUUGGAUCGAAGAGGUGAUGUAUCGCACUGUCAUCUUCACCAGCGAAGCACAAGCAUGCCGCUUCAUCAAGUCUCAACCUGUGGCUUCUGCAAAAGUCAAAUCACUCUGUCUUGGUAGUACAUUGCAUGUUGUGACAGCGGUAGAUGUCAUGGAGCUGUGCAGUCACAUUGAUGACCUUGCCCUCUGGAUUUUACCUGAAGGAGAUACCCCUGGGGUGCCAGCUCGCCUCUUGAAUGCCUUAAACAGGCUCCCAAAGUUGUUGCAGCUGUCCAUUCGUGUAUCAACUGUCUUCUGCAAAACUGCAGUGCCGUUUCUGCCAUCCAUGCCUCUGUUCAAAAAAAUCACUCACCUUGAGUUGCUGGAGGGUUGGGUGCUUUGGAGUUUUCCUGUCGGCAUACAUUAUCUGACACAACUUACGCAUCUUUCCCUUCGAGUGGUCACCCACCAGACAGCGCCGGCAUCACUCUGCAUGAUUCUCAUGGAUUGUGUUUACCUUCGAGUAUUGAUUUUGUGCAUAAUAGAGGGAGUGGAUGAUGUAGAGAAAUGGCUGAAAGAUGAAGGUUUUGAUGAUCCUCGCAUUGUUGUUACAACCAUGACCCCUCAUCACUCCUGGGUGAACUCCAAGUUGGGCCUUGAUGAUGGGAGUCUAUGGCAGCACAGAGAUAAUAUUCUGAAGCAUCGAAACCCUAGUGCAGGCGAAGAAAAAGGCGACAACCUGACUUCACUCACCCCCACCUUCCAAGCCCUGAACCUCGGUACUCCUGUACCAUCGUUGAACAUGUCGGCCUCAUCCAAGAUAACAGAAUUCAAGAUCAACCAUCCUCCUACAUUCGAUGGCGACAGAGACAAGUCCAAGUCAUUCAUGCUCUCAUGCAAUGCUUACAUUGAUAUCAACUCGGAAAUCUAUAAAACCGACACUCAGAAAGUGAUCUUUAUCUCCUCGUUCAUGAACGAAGGAAACGCUAGAUCAUGGAAAGAAGAAUUCCUCGCAGAUGCCCAAUUCAUCGACUCAACCGGACAAAAGAAGGGCUAUGGAACCUUGAAAGAGUUUAACGAAAGCUUUGACAAAGCCUUCGGACCGAUUGACCCAUCCGGGACCGCAUUAGCAUGA